CACUUGACUUUGACGUUGACAUUUGCUGUUUUCUGUGUGUUGUAUUGUAUCGUGGAAUUGAUAAAGAAUAUUCGGAAAUAAAACAUUUUUCCCUAUUUAUUACAAUGAUAACUACUGAGCUAACUUGACCGAGUUUAUUGCCGAGAAUUUUGUGCAAAGGACAACUGAACUAACCUAAGAAUUGGGAUGGAAAGUGCCCGAAGCGACUUGAACGAUAUGAGUCGCCGAGCCGGGGAGGUUUUGCGGCGUUUACAGAGGUUUGUGGACGGUCCUAUGUCGAGGAAAAAGGUGGUAGUACUGCUGCUGAUUGUCAUAUUCCUGCUCCUCUACGUGGGGCCGACGAUAAUCAAAUGGAUGUUUGGUAGCGAGGAUUCCGCAAGUCAUCAGAAUGUGUGCCAGAAAAACUUCUUAUCACCGUUCGAUGAUGCCUUUCAGGAGUACGACGCUUACUUGAGACAUGAAACUACAGCCACUCUGUCCACUCGCAGCCAUAACUAUGUGCCUUAUGUAGGAAACGGAUUACUGGGACUUGCUUUAGAACACGACUCCCACUUAAAUAUCAAGUAUGGAAGAACUUUAUCACUACCCGUUUAUUACCACCCUUUAUACAUUGUAGAUGAUUAUGAGAUGAAAGAAUUCACGGUUGCUGAGUAUAAAAAGGGAAUUAUUCACAGGUUUCAGUGCAGCAACACUGGUAUACAUGUAGCAUAUCAUUAUUACGCACAUAGAACAAUCCCUUCACUAUUUGUUCAAGAGAUUUGGGUAAAUAAUCCUACUAAUAAAGGAAGGACUUUGAAGCUGAGUACACCAAGAGUGUCAGAUUGGUCUACAUCAGUGAAACAAACAAUAAAGUUGCACCAAGGGGUGGAUGCGAAGGAUUACGAAGUAGUAUCUGGUAUGGUCACCCUGCCAGACAGCGAUAAAGUGGUUGCUGUUGCAGUGGUGACCAGAAAAAUGGAAAACAAAGUUAGUGUUGAUGCUAGAGACGGUUUAGACAUGCUCAUUUUUACCACAGUCCAAUAUAGUACACCUAUCAAGAAAUCUGAGUAUGCUAAACAAAAGGACAUAGUUGAGAAAAAUGCCAUUGCAGAGAUGGAAAAAGUUAUAGCUUUGACAGGAGAUAGAACAGCAGUUAGAAAACUGAGAGAAAACCAUUCUAGAGUAUGGGAAAGUCUUUGGUAUACCGGUUUUUACAUUUCUGAUUCUAAAGCCGAAGGUAUAAUUAACGGAGACCGCAUUAAUGCCACAAUAUAUGCUAUUCUCUCACAAGUGAAGAGCUUGGAACAUGAAGAGAAUAUAAAACUUGCAACCAAGUCUGAUAUUCUUCGUACUUUAACAUAUUCUGAAGGCUGUUAUGAAGGACACUCUACUCUGGAUGCAUUUAAUUUGUGGAAACCUUUGAAUAAUUUAGAGAAUUUAAAUAAAGUUGCCAGUGUAUGGCUACUAACGUUAGAAAAGCAAGGUUGUCACAAGCUGUUGAAGGCAGGAGCAAGUGGGGUCAACCAGGCAAUGAUAUUAAGCUUUGGAAGUUUACGAUUCAGCAAUCAGCAUUUAGAAUACAAUAUACACCCCUCUAAACUACACAGAGAUUUUUUGUUCCGUAGAAUUAACUAUGGAAACAUGACUCACGUUAACAUAAGUGUUAUAGUCCAAGAAGACAAUAAGGCAGCAAUUUUCGUAGCAUUAGAUCGUUCUGAUAAAACUUACUAUGCUUGUGAUGCAGGCUGCUUAGACUCUCCCGUCCAGUUGGGACCUUACAGGAAGUAUUUCCCUGUAAAAUUGACAGAACCGUUGACAGCAAUAUUGUAUGUCACAGCGGACAGGCAGCAUAUGGAGGAUUUAAGACAUGCUAUUCAUGUCAGAGAAGUAGUUGAGGCACCAGCCCAUGAACAUCACGUAAUAGCUUUACAUAAGCAUGGUCAUUCAUUCGGAGCCUUAAAUCCAUUAUUCUGGAUAUCAAUAAUAGUUCUAAUAGUGGUCUUCCAUCUUUUCUUGUGUCGAAUAAUAAUGAAUGAGUUUUGUGAUAGUGGAGUUAGCUAUAGAAGGCUCUAUAACAAGCCUUGAAGGUUUUGCCUUAUAAGAAAGAUAUUUAGGUUGCACUGUCAUUGUUUGACGCUUGACUGAAUGCCAUGUAGGCUUUAGUAUCGAUUGUCACUUUAAAUUCGACAGCUUUCCCUGCUUUUGUGACCAGGCGAGGCGAUAGGAGACUUAUUUUAAAAGAUAUAUUGUAUCUAACCAGUAAAGUUGAUGGUCGGACUAUGAAAUUUAAACUCUUUUGUUAUUCAGAAUGUAGAUAUUAUUAUAUAAAACAACAAUUUGUAUUUAUAUAUAAAUUAUAUAAGGUCUUAUUGUUAUAUAAAAGCACUGUCAUUAUAUGCAUAUUAAUUAUGAUAAUUCUUCAUCUUCAUAAUGUAUGUAUGGAAAAUGUAAGAUAAUAGUAUUUCUUUACUUUGUACUGAAUAUUAAUGCGACUUAUCUUGAUCUCUAAUUUCCCUUAGCAAUACAAAUAGCAAUUUAAAUUUUAUAGCCUUAGAUAAUAAUGUUAGCAGAAAAAUUCUCAUGCAAUUUUCAGUUUUCGUUUCGCAAUCAAUUCGGUACAGUAUUCUCAAACAAAAUUAAAUUUAUGCUAACAACUUCACGUGGCUUUUAAAGAAUUUGUUGUGAGUGGUAAAAAAAAUCUUUCGUAAGUUUGCAGACUUAACUAUGGAAUUUGAAAAAUUUUAGUAAAGCAAAAUUCUUCCAUACCUAUAUACGGGUGAGGUGAAUAUCAAAAUGUGUCAAGUGUGGUGGCGAACUGUCAUAUAAUUUCUUCGUGAAAAAUUGGGGAAAUUGGGAAAAUUGGGAAUUGAAAAAUUCCUUUUUCAUGUCGGAACCCAAUUUUUUCACGAAAAAAUAAUAUGCGCCACCAAACUUGAAAUUUUGAGAUUCACCCAUACCUAGUUAUUAUCGGCGCGCGAGACCACAAACCAAGCAAUUUACUGUCACUGCCAGCAACAAUUCAUAUUUUCAAUUACGAUUAUUAUUAAGUAUUGUAUUAUUAAGUAUUCCUUUAGAAAAAAAAAGUCUUUUGCACAAAUUAUUUAUAAUUUUGCUUUGUUUAUUAACCCCCGACGGACUAGGAAUCGGUUUAUAUGUAGAACACAUAGAAUAUCAGCGCCGGUCAAAAGUAAAUUCUGUUCCUUUAGCUAUUACGUUCCAAUUCCUUCGUACUACAAUGUGCGCGGUUCCUCUCAGACGACGCCCUGAGGAGAGGUUCGCGCCCAACUGGACACCCUCAGGCCUUUUGUCUUAAACGUUGUACCGGGUGAGAGCCUUCAGCGCUCCCCAUUUGUCCGGCCAAGUAGUCAAUGCCACCUGCGGCAAAUCUACAAUAAGUCACGUCAAAAAAAAUGCGCAGUCUCGGCUUUUUAGAAGUUUAUUGGUUCUAGUUGUAUUACCUACAGGGCUAAUUCCGGCCUAACACAUCUGCACUGUUUUCAGUGACGUGAAAGUUUACUAAAUUAUAUUAAUCGGCUUAUUAGCAUACCAUAUGCGUGCGUCCAGUGACAUACUAUACCUCCGGUUUUUCAUAAUUUUCGACUAAUUUCUGAUGUUAACCUUACUGCACAAGAGACUUCAUAAUAUUAUAUUAUCAACUUUAAUUGUAAUGUAUUCCUUAAUGAUACAUCUAAAUUCAGACAAUAUUCCAUCUUCAAAGGAACCUUAAAAUGUUCCCACAAUUUGAUUUCUUUUUAGGAAUAGCUAUAUAGAAGCACAUUUGUUUAUUACAACACUAACGCCCGUAUUCUAAGAUGUUAUCUCCAACUCUCCUCGACUCCGACCUUUGGUUGAGAUGACUUUAAGGCCUUCGUCAAACUCCGCUCAAAAUCUUAGAGAGAUAUUACAUCUAUCCAACAUUCGUCAAUUAUGACUCAAACAAAAAUCGACCUUCUUAUUAUUAUUAUUGAGUACGUCAGACAAAAUUAAAAUAUCCUGCGUGGAUCAUACAUCCAGCUUAAGCUCCUCUAACCAAGACUGCCGCAUCCGGCACACAAUGCAGCCCGGCUAAGCCACCUGGGAACCGGUGCAGAGGGCACUCGUUCACUAUGUGAGAUAGGGUUUGAUCCGGUUGACCACAUUCACAGUGUGGCGAUUCCUUUAAGCCCCAUUUAGACAUUAUUACUGCACUGUGAUAGUUAUUUGUUUGUUUGAAUAAAAAGUCGUGAUUGACGAGAAAUUGGUGGAUAGAUGUAAUACCUCUCUUAGGCUUUGUCGAGUUUAUACUAGUAUGACGUCAUUGUUUUCAUAUUAUUAUGUUGGCAGUAUGUUAUGCUCGACUCCAGUGUGUAAAGUCCUCAAGUCGAGAACGUAAAAGUCAACUUAAAAUACCGAAAUGGUCGGCUGAGGGCAAGUGGAGGAAGAAUAGAGUGAACAUCUUAAAAUACGGAUGUUACUCACACUAUUCCUUCCUUACACUAUCUAUUAGUCCUAAUAUUCUAAUUUAUCAAUAAUUGUAAAUAGGUACGCGCGUACGCUAUGCGUAUAGAUACAUUGUUAUAAGAGUUGUGGUGUAUAUUUUUUUUAAAUAAACGCAACGUUGUAUGUUGA